AUCCUUUCUUAUUCCAUCAUUUUAUAUCAUGCCUAUAAGCCUUUCGUGAAACGAAUUCUGCUGGAUGAGAAUUUCCAAUAUUGUUCAUUGGCUGUUUAUUUCCUGGUUUCAAGACGCGUAUCAAUUUCCCUUUUGCCAUUCGCUAUUUAUGCUGUUUUUCACACGGCCGAUUACACGCGAACGGUGUUACUGCCUGCUUUUGCACCUCAGAACACGCAGCUUCAGGAGCAGCUUAAAUCGGUGACGAGCCGUUUUCGAAAUCAAGCCAUGGAUUACGUGAGCAAGGUCGAAGUGUUUGGUGUAUUUGCCCGACUGUUACUGGGUCUAUUUGUACUUCGUUCCACGGUGUUUUCUAUUUUAUUUUACCUUCACUUCUUGCGUAUGCGGUAUUACAUGUCACCACAGAUGCGCAAGACAUUAACGGGUAUUUAUACGCGCGUGGAUGCGUUCUUGCUGCCUCCGACCGCGCAUUCCAAAGUCCCACCGGCAGUAUCGAAAGCUUACUCCACCGUUAAAUCCAUUCUGUGUCAAUCCAAGCCAAACCCUUCUCCUUCCACGCAUCAGUAA